AUGUGCCCCGGCGGCGCGAGCAAUCCGUGCUCGAGAAACGGUUUAUGCGACUCGGCGUCGGGAAGUUGCUUCUGUAAUCCUGGCUACGUCGGCUCGCGAUGUAACGCCGCCACGAUACAGCGCGUGUGCUCUGGUCGUCUCGAUUCGAGCGGCUCGUGCGUGUGCCUCGAGGGAUGGUCGGGUGUAAACUGCACCGUCGCGUGCGCCGGCACCUUGACCUGCAAGUGUGGCGACCACGGUCGUUGCAACGCACUCUCGGGCGAGUGCGAGUGCGACGCAGGAUACGCUGGCGAGCUCUGUGAGCGACUCAUUGAGCCGCAGCCGACGUGCGCCAACGGCGGCACCUGGAACGCGGCCCUCAAGCGAUGCGAGUGCGCGGGCGGAUACACGGGCACUCUUUGCGAUGCAGCGUGCACGACGAACCCGUGUAAUGAUCUUUGCAGUGGGCAUGGUACCGUGAACGUCGAUGGGACCUCGUGUACGUGUUUCACUGGAUUCUCGGGGAGCACUUGCAAC